GGAGGGAUUGGAUUUCAAGUUUUCAUGUAAAAUUUUAUUAACAUGAACAUAACCUUAUGGAUUUGAUAGCCAAAAUAAUGCUAGUUUUGACUAAUAAUUAUAUAUUUUUCAUGUAAAAUCUCAAGUUUAUAUACUAAAAAAUUAUAAAACUUCAAAAAUAAAAUUUUAAUGGAACAAAAUUUAUUGGGUUAUAUGGCAGGAUCUGUUCACAAAUAUCUUGAUUACCGUAAAUUGAUUUUAAGUCAAUUAUUUUUCAUUUUUGUCCGUUCAAUUGUGUUUUUAAACAUUUUCUGGUCUUUUCACUUUUCUAAAUUCUGUUCAGAAGAGGAAAUAUAUUAUCACUCUGAAAGUGAAUAUGAAAAUGAUUCAGGAAUAUAUAGUCAAGUUCUUGACUAUGGUGAAGCAGAGACUCAACCAGAUACUGAAGAAAGUUCAUCAUCAGAACAAGAGGAUGGUGAUAACUAUGAUUCUGACAUGGAAUUCUCAUCUCAGUCUGAUCAGCCCCAAGAAAAUAGUGAAGAGUCAGAUUAAUUUAGAGCUUAUUUAAAAAGUGCUCUAAACAAGCAAUUAUAUACUUGAAAAUCGUUAGAAGACAUUCAAGAUUUCAGCUCAUGAAUCUGAAUCUCAAUUCUCAGGCCAUAUUAUUUAUAUAAAAAAUAAUC